ACUCCGUCACUGCUGGGACAGCAGUCAGUGCUGAUGUUGGGCAGCUGGGGAUGGAGCAGCCAGCGUCAGCCUGUGUAACACAUUGUUUCUAAAGAGCUGCCGGCUGCAGAAGCUGCCAAGCUCUCGGGCCAGCUGUGGGAUCUUUGCUGAGAUGGAGAUGUAGUCAAGGAAGGGGACUGAAAAGUAAGAAGGACCGAAAAUGAAGGCAAAGAGGGUGGAUGACCUGGGCCAUACACAGCGGACAUGAAGCAGGAGACCAUAUGCCCCGAGGGAUGGGCCAGGACUUGGCUACUCCCCUGACCAUAAAUGGCUUGGCCAGGGCUCUCUUGGAGCCACCUCUGGCCCUGUCACUGUUGCUCUCCCAGCUGGACGUUCUUACAAAUGCAAGACACAAGCCAACACACCAGCAAGAAAGGAGCUUGCUGAGGGCUGUGUUUGGAGAAGGUUCCUGGGAGGCUGAAGGAGAUGAGUUUUUCUCUGAACUUCACACUGUCGGCCAACACAACUUCCUCCCCAGUCGUUACGGGUGGGAAAGGAGCAGACUGCGGGCCCUCUCUUGGAUUAGCAGCAGGCAUUCCGUCCCUGGUGGCCACAGCCCUGCUGGCAGCUUUACUCUUCACUCUGAUUCGCCGAAGAAGAAGCCACAGCGAGUCCACCGAGGAAAUUGAGAGGCCCUGUGAAAUUUCAGAAAUCUAUGACAACCCCAAGAUCGCUGAGAAUCCUAGUAGGUCACCAACAUAUGAGAAGAAUAUGAUGGGAACAGAGGAAGCCCACAUAUAUGUGCAGACCGUAGCAGGAAGCGAGGAAACCAGGCAUGACACCUACCGCCCUACUGUUGAAAUGGAGAGAAGGAGGGGACUGUGGUGGCUUAUGCCUAGACUGAGCCUGGAAUGAUGCAGCUCAGUCAAGGAGCUUAAACAGAGCUGAAAACCCAGGCAAUUGUGCUUGGAGUGAAGGAUAUACCAAGCUGCUUCUUAAUCAAUCCAAAUUUCAUUUUCAUAUUUGGAGAACUUUUGGGUUGAUUUGUGUCUUUAGGGGGCAGAGCCAGAAAGGUUCAUUCCAACUCUCAAAUCUUGUGAUUUAAUAGGAAGCACCAAGUGAGGUCACUAUGCAUCCAGAAAGAGCCCUUGGAUCUAGUUUCUGACCCCAGUGGCAAUUUGCUUUUCUUUGUGAUUUUGGGAGAGAAGCUUGAUUUCUGUGUAUCUUGCUUUCCUCUCUUUUUUUCAUAUACCUUUUCUCAAAAAUGCCAUCAGACCUGGCUUCUAUGAGAGGGUUGGCCAAGGCCAGCAUGGUGCAAGUUGGGAUAUAAAUGAAAUUUGAAAGGAUGUAUGAGGGGAAGUAUGUCCUUAUUUCUGAAUGUCUUGGGGUAGAAAUCACAGGGAGCCACAGGUCUGGUUCCCUGACCACCAGAGCAGCACGCAGCUGGAUCACUCAUUGCUUCUACUUGCACCUGCGGUCAGAGGGUAUUUAGGGUAGGCAAUUCUGCAGUGGAGUGUGUGUGUGUGCGUGUGUUGAGGGUAAAGCAGAGGUUGUUUCAACAGAUUAUUAGAAAUGAGGGCUACAUCCAUUUUGUAGGAGUGCAGAGAAAGGCCCAAGUCCUUGACUAUCAUGGGGAAAAACCCUUUGGCAGGAAGGGAGCUCGGGAGGACUCUGAGUCAGUGGACACAGGACCAAAGGGAGUAGCCGCAUGUGUGCCAUCUGGGGGAAGCCUGGGGACAGU